GUCCCCAGAUAAAUAUGGCCCACACACUCGCGUGGUUCGCCAUCUUGAGCGUACAUGGAGCACAUGCGAUAUACGUUACGAAGAGCCUUGUAAGCCAAUUGACCCGAUAUAUGCUCAAAAAGUAAUCCGCCUCCCAGGUUUUGAAAUAUAUGGAGCAGAUAAAACCGGUUUAUCCUCUGUAAUCUUACCUACAGGGUCAGUAGCGACGAAGACUAGAGAAAAUAUCGAUCCCCUUCAACAAGUGUGAACCUCUAGUCGAGUUGGGUGGAACAUUUCCAUUGUCGAUGUUGGCCUUUGUUUUUGACACGUUCGAAUGUAGAUGAAGAAUCUUAUCUGCGAACCGACGUUGAGAAAGCUGUAGCACUUGAUAACAUAUUGCUUGUAACAAACUUGUAGUACAAGAGAGAAU